GUCCGCGGCUCGAGCGGGCUCCUGUGCGCUGGGGGCUGCGCUGUGCAUGGCGUUCGUCAUCAUCUUCGGAAUCCUCGCUGUCGUCAACAGGUUAAUCGUGAUCGCGCCUCCAGACGUGUGCACCGCAGCGGAGUGCGUGGAGGCAGCGGCCGCGGUGAUGCAGAAGCUGGACUGGAGCGUGGAUCCGUGCGACGACUUCUUCCGCUUCUCGUGCGCGGGCUGGGUGCGCGCCAACCCCAUCCCCGAGGACGCCUCCACCCACGGCACCUACUCGCACGUGCGCAAGCAGGUGGACCUGAAGCUCAAGGAACUUCUGGAGAGGGGUGGCGACGAGCACACGGAGCUGGAGGCCAUCAGACGGGCGAAGGUUAUGUACCGGUCCUGCAUGAACGAGUCCCUCAUCGAGGAUCUGGACACUGCACCGCUACUGCAGCUGUUGUCCCACCCAAUGCUGCGCUGGCCGGUCCUGAGCUCGACCGUCGGAUGUGGCGACUCAAGCGGGGGGCUCGCUCCAUGCCCCCACCAAGAGCCCUCCGCAGAGGCGGCGCCGUGGGACGCGGGCGCCUUCGACCUGAGGGAGACGCUGGCCGUGUUGAGCAGAAACUUCAGCCACUCCAUUCUCAUGUCCCUGCACCUGGGCACCGACGACAAGAGCUCGGCGCACUACAUCCUGAAGUUUGACCAGGCUUCGCUGAUCCUUCCAGCCAGAGAGGACUACACCACCAACAGCACGCAGGCAGUCACUCACCGCCAGGCGCUGCUGCGCCUCCUGGUCGACAUCGCCCUGAUGCUGGGAGCCGAGUCGCGCACCGCGCACGAGGACAUGGCCGCCAUCCUCAACUUCGAAGUGCAGUUGGCAAACAUUUUGGUCCCGAGGGAGAAUCGCACAAGCGAGGCUCUCUACAACCGCUACACGGUGGCCGAACUGCAGAACCUGCUCCCGCAGUUCGAUUGGCUGCGCUUCAUGAAGGCUGCGAUCGACACGCAGGAGAGGCACCCGGAGCUCAACGCCCUCAACUCCUCCGAGCCAGUCCUCGUCGGCGUGCCGACCUACUUCCAGAGCCUCUUUGAGCUGCUGGGACACACAGACACGCGUGUUGUGGCGAAUUACGUGGUAGGACGGCUCGUGAUGAACAGGGUGCGCAGUCUGAGCCAGAGGUUCCUGCAGAGACACCUGCAGUUCCACCAGGUGGUGAUCGGCACGCGCGCGGUGCAGGCGCGCUGGGACUUGUGCGUGAACCUGGUGGAGGCCAUGAUGCCCAGCGCCGCAGGACGACUCUUUGUGGAUGCCCAUUUCCAAGAGGAGAAGAAGGAGCUGAUGGAGAAGCUGGUCGAUGGGAUUCGCUGGGCGUUUGUGGACAUGCUGGAGACCGAGAACACCUGGAUGGAUGUGCCCACCAAGCAGAAGGCAACUGACAAGGCUGAUGCAGUGUUGGCCAGGGUGGGAUAUCCAGACUACAUCAAGAAUAAUACGUACAUCAAUGAAGAAGUCAAAAUGCUGCGCUUGAGGGAGGAUGAUUACUUUGGGAACGUGCUGCAGCUGCUGCAGAACAUGGCUCAGCACGACUUCCACUGGCUGCGCAGACGCGUCUCAAAGACAGAGUGGUACACCAACCCCACGACUGUGAACGCCUUCUACAGCGCCACGACCAACCAGAUCCUGUUUCCGGCAGGAGAAUUGCAGAAGCCCUUUUUCUGGGGAGACAAAUACCCUAUGUCUCUGAGCUACGGUGCCAUCGGAGUCAUCGUGGGACACGAAUUCACUCACGGCUUCGACAGCAAUGGAAGGAAAUACGACAAACAUGGCAACCUGCACCAAUGGUGGAGCAACGCAUCGAUUGCGCACUUCUCUGAGAAGGCGCAGUGCAUGAUCGAGCAGUACAACAACUACUACUGGAAGGAAGCGCAGCUGCCUCUCAAGGGCAAGAGGACACUGGGAGAGAACAUCGCCGACAGUGGGGGAGUUCGAGAAGCCUUCAGGGCGUAUAGGAAAUGGAUCAAGGACAGCCGGGGUGGGCAGGAGGAGCCUCUGCUACCUGGACUCAACCUGACCCACAACCAGCUGUUCUUCAUCAGUUACGCACAUGUGCGGUGCCAAGCACACCGGCCUGGGGAAGCCAGGCAGAUGGUGCUCGUCGGGGCUCACAGCCCUCCGGAGUUCAGAGUCCUGGGAUCGAUGAGUAACUUUCCGGAGUUUGCCCGCGCGUUCCACUGUGCGGAAGGCAGCACGAUGAACCGUGGCAAGCAGGCGUGCCGCGUCUGGUGAAGCAAGCGCGGGACCGGUCCCCCAUCCCCUAGGGACUGCACGGACAUUUCCAGCCGAUAAGGAGCGCGUGAAUGGUGCCCCCCACGGAGGGCAACGGAGCGACUUGAACCCUCCGCAGGGAGCGCCUCGAUGGCUGGCGGGGCUCGUUCCUGGAGACUGCACGGAGCUCUGGGAUCCAGUGGAUCUGUGCUCUCACAUUCACACCACUCGGUGAUGAGUAAUCGUGGGUGUCAAAUUCACACAAUUUAAAAUCCACAUGCGGUGAUGGUUGAUACUUUUUCGCGCAAGUUUAUUACGAAUGAGUAAAUGCUUAAGUUACUUUUUAUCCAAAGACUGCAAUGCGAUAUAUGUGAACAGUCACCGCGUGCUUUAUAUCUGUUUUGUGCGAUAUUAAACGUUGUAAAAGUGAUUUUUAUUCUUUCGUCAACAGUAAAACAUUAUUGAUCAAUGCAAGAGUACAAGAUUUAGCAGAACAUUAAACCUCCAAUCUACUUAUAUUGGAAUGCUAUUGUGUUAAUACUCGUGUAAAACAUUUGAGAAUAAAUCAGAUUUAACCAAGGUUAAGUCAAUUAAUUAACAAUGAGAUACCCCUUUCAGAUGUUGUCAAUGGGCUUCUGCACAACGUGGACACAUUCCACACUUUAGCGAUGAGGGUAAU